CGCGCGUCCUUGCGGAAGUGACGCGCUACGAGUCCUGCGGGGGCGUUGGGAGCCGAGAGAGGGCUGAGGCGAGGUAGCGAUUUUUUGAAGAUGGAGUUUCCCGGAGGAAACGACAAUUACCUGACGAUCACAGGACCCUCGCACCCCUUCCUUUCGGGUGCCGAGACGUUCCAUACACCAAGCUUGGGUGAUGAGGAAUUUGAAAUCCCACCAAUCUCCUUGGAUUCUGAUCCCUCACUCGCUGUCUCAGAUGUGGUUGGCCACUUUGAUGACCUGGCAGACCCAUCUUCCUCACAGGAUGGCAGUUUUUCAGCCCAGUAUGGAGUGCAAACAUUGGACAUGCCUGUGGGCAUGACCCAUGGCUUGAUGGAGCAGGGCGGGGGGCUCCUAAGUGGGGGCUUGACCAUGUUCUGUUUGCCUCAGGACUUGGACCAUUCUAUAGGAACUCAGUAUAGUGCCAACCCACCUGUUACGAUCGAUGUACCAAUGACAGACAUGACAUCUGGCUUGAUGGGGCAUAGCCAGUUGACCACCAUUGAUCAGUCAGAACUGAGUUCUCAGCUUGGCUUGAGCUUAGGGGGUGGCACCAUCUUGCCACCUGCCCAGUCCCCUGAGGAUCGUCUUUCAACCACCCCUUCACCUACUAACUCACUUCAUGAGGAUGGUGUUGAAGAUUUCCGGAGGCAACUUCCCACCCAGAAGACAGUUGUAGUGGAAGCAGGGAAGAAGCAGAAGGCCCCAAAGAAGAGGAAAAAGAAAGAUCCUAAUGAACCCCAGAAACCAGUUUCAGCAUAUGCUUUAUUUUUUCGUGACACACAGGCUGCCAUCAAAGGACAGAAUCCUAAUGCCACUUUUGGAGAAGUUUCAAAAAUUGUGGCUUCUAUGUGGGACAGUCUUGGAGAAGAGCAGAAACAGGUGUAUAAAAGGAAAACUGAAGCUGCCAAGAAAGAAUAUCUGAAGGCCCUAGCUGCUUAUAAAGAUAACCAAGAGUGCCAGGCUACUGUGGAAACAGUGGAAUUGGAUCCAGUACCACCAGCCCAGACUCCUUCACCACCUCCUGUGGCUACUGUUGACCCAGCAUCUCCAGCACCAGCCUCAACAGAGUCGACUGCACUAUCCCCUUGCAUUGUUGUUAAUUCCACUCUUUCAUCCUAUGUGGCAAACCAAGCAUCUUCUGGGGCUGGGGGUCAGCCAAAUAUCACCAAGUUAAUUAUCACCAAACAGAUGUUGCCCUCUUCUAUUACCAUGUCUCAAGGAGGUAUGGUUACUGUUAUCCCAGCCACAGUGGUGACCUCCCGGGGGCUCCAGCUGGGCCAAACCAGUACAGCUACGAUCCAGCCUAGCCAGCAAGCCCAGAUUGUCACUCGGUCAGUGUUGCAGGCAGCGGCAGCAGCUGCUGCUUCUAUGCAGCUGCCUCCACCCCGAUUACAGCCACCUCCAUUACAACAGAUGCCUCAGCCCCCAACUCAGCAGCAAGUUACCAUUCUACAGCAGCCUCCUCCACUUCAGGCCAUGCAACAGCCUCCACCUCAGAAAGUUAGAAUCAACUUACAGCAACAGCCACCUCCUCUGCAGAGUAAGAUUGUGCCUCCACCCACGUUGAAAAUGCAGACUACUGUAGUGCCACCUACUGUGGAAAGCAGUCCUGAGCAACCUGUGAAUAGCAGCCCUGAGGUCCACACAGUGGAGGCAGCCACUCCUGAUACAAUCUGUGAGAUGAUCACAGAUGUUGUUCCUGAGGUUGAAUCUCCUUCUCAGAUGGAUGUUGAAUUGGUGAGCGGGUCUCCUGUGGUGCUCUCCCCUCAGCCUCGAUGUGUGAGGUCUGGUUGUGAGAACCCUCCUGUCGUGAGUAAGGACUGGGACAAUGAAUACUGCAGCAAUGAGUGCGUGGUAAAGCACUGCAGGGAUGUAUUUUUGGCCUGGGUAGCCUCCAGAAAUUCAAACUCCGUGGUAUUUGUGAAAUAGUCUUUUCUGUUAUCCAAGCCAGUGAAGGUCUAUCCGCUGGGAAGAAGUCCAAGAGCCUGUUUUUGAAACACAAGCUGGGCUUCUGGUAGUGCCUGAUCUCAACUCACCAUGGUCCUUCAUGUCCCAUGCCUCCCCUUUCAGAGGCAAAGCUGUGGAGCUGGGUCAAUAAGUUUGCCAUAAUCUGUGAUUCUUUUUCCUUUCAACUGCAAGUAAAAAUACCAAGAUAAUAGCAAAGGAAAAGGUGAAGGAAGUUUAAAUAAGCAAAUCAUAGGGAUGGUAGGGUGGUGGUGUUGUUUCACAAAACUUGGUAUAACUGUCAUAGGACCUGCCCAUUACAAUGAUGGGAAAGGAUUAGCUUUGAGCCUAGGAGAAAACAGUGUCCAUUUUAAAAAGGGAUAAGGGGUUAAGGAUAUAGUGCAGUGGUAGAAGGGCCCUUGAGUUCAAUCCUUAGCACAUAAAAAAGGGGAUAAAAGGUUUGUUCCAUCAAGUGUACCUCCUUACAGCUACUUGUAUUGGCACGUGACUAAAAUCCCAGCACUCUUAAAGAAGCUGAGGCAGGACUAUUGCCAAGUUUGAGCCCUGCCUGAGCAACCCAGCGACUUUAGCAAGACCCUGUCUCAAAAAAUAAAAAUUGGCUAUGGAUGUCAUCAGCUCAGCAUAAAAAUCCUGGGCUCAAUUUUUUAUACCCAGCAAAAGUAACAGCUGAAUAUGGUAGUACACACCUAUAAUCCUAGCAUUUAGGAUGUUGGGGCAGGAGGAGCCCAAGUCAGUCUGAGCUACAAGGCAAGACCCUGUCUCCAAAACAGAAAAAAAAAAAACCCUAAGGAACCACUAUCAAAUACUUUGCUGGCCAUGGUGGUACAUGCAUAAUCCCAGUACUUAGAAGGGGCUAACUACAAACUCAAGACUAGGCUGAACUAUAAAAUGAGACCCUGUCUCAAAAUUGAAUAGAGUAGUCUAUAACAGGCACAUGGAGCUGUGGAGAAAAUAUCACCCAGAAGGUUAUUCCUUUUUAAUAUUUAUGUAGUCAGCAUUCUCCUGACAUGUUAAGAGUUUAUAAGUGGUAGAACUGAACACCCCUUGGUUCUACCAGUCCAAAGAGUGUAUUCUGUUUGAUGAAAUAGCUUCUAAAUAACAGGCCAGAGGCAUUUUUUACUUUAAGGCUAAUUCUCUAUAGGCACUUCCAUCUGUACGUAUGUUUUGGAAAUAAACUUCCAAAUAAAAUAGCAUAGUCACUUAGGUAUAACAGAACAUGUUGAGGUGAUAAUCUCCAAUGAAACUCAGAAUCCCUACCUUGAGAAAUACUGUCCUAGGGAAUGUACUUAUUCACCUAUGCUCAAUAUAUUAACUGCUAAUCGUUUUGAUCCUACAACAGUCCUACCAGGAUGUCACUACUUUCCAUUAACUUUGAACAUCACAGGGACCAAGUGAAGUAGCUAACACUCCCAGAAUUGCACAACACACAAGAAGCAGA